AUGUACCGCAAUUACGCGCUCCGGAGGGUUAAGGACUCGUUCAGACAACACAAGGGCAUCACCGAUGGGAACACCAUCGAGACACUGAUGGCCGACGGCCACCGCAAUCUCGAGAUAAUCCGCAGGCAAACCGUUAUCAACCGGUUGUAUAAAAGCGAUCGACUGGUGGUGGAAGACGUGGCCACUGCUCGCCGUACUUAA